AUGUUGUGGAAGAAUAAAUUUUGGUGGAUUAAAAAGGUACUCAUUGAAAGAGGGGUUGGAUUACUUUUGUUGUUGAUAUUUGGCUUAUUUGAUGACGCACAUCAAUUGCUUGAUGAAAUGCUUCAAAGAACUGAACCUGACGGAUCUUAUGAAGAUAGACAGAAAAGAAAAACACGGGGGCUUGGUGUUCAUAAAGUGGUCUAUCAGGCGGGUUUGAUCACAAAGGACAGAGGUUGUAUUGACUCAACAGUUGCACCAUUUGCUAAAGAUAUUGGACAGCUUCAAAGUUUAGGACUCCAUGAGGGAUCUGAUCUUCUUGAAGUGGUCAAAAAGAUCAAAUCUCAUGUUCUUCUUGGUUUAUCUAGAGUUGGAGGUGUUUCAAAUGACCAUGAUUUGCCUCCAACAUUUCCAGGCCAUCCUGCGUUGGCUGAUAAUGGAAGAAAUUCUUUUAAGACGUUUACUCAUUGCUUAUGCUAG